GGAUUUAACCGUUCAAAAUGGAGAAAUAUUCGAAGUAAUAUGCUCACCAUAGUACGAGGGAAUUGAACAGAAUUCCUCAGCAAACCUACGAAAAAUGCAAACUCAAUUUCCACACGGCAAAUUCUCACCAACCACAAACGAUCCUGUAUUAGAAUUCCAAUACAACUGAAAAAUCAAUUGAAUUUAAUUUCAUAAAUGGAAGCUAGAGCUGGAGUAUCGGGUCAUGGAGGAGUGGUGGACGGUGGUUCUGCCACCAGGAAAUUUCUACACCGCCACCACCACUCACGGCCGCAGCAGCAGGAGCAACCGCCUCCAUCUCAGAUCGGUACUGUUCCUGAGCUUCUCGCCGGUGGUGUCGCUGGAGCUUUCAGCAAGACCUGUACAGCGCCUCUUGCUCGUCUCACCAUUCUGUUUCAGGUACAAGGCAUGCACUCAGAUGUUGCAGUAUUGAGUAAGCCUAGCAUGUGGCGCGAGGCAUUACGUAUUGUCAAUGAAGAAGGUUUAAGAGCUUUCUGGAAAGGAAAUCUGGUUACAAUUGCUCACCGACUUCCUUAUUCUUCAGUAAACUUCUGUGCGUAUGAACACUACAAAAGUAUUUUAAAAUCUAUCCCUGGACUGGAUGGUCAUGGGGGAAAUGCAAGUGCAGGUAUUCUUGUGCACUUUGUGGGUGGUGGUUUGUCAGGAAUAACUGCUGCUUCUGCCACCUAUCCACUAGAUCUUGUGAGGACACGGCUUGCUGCACAGAGAAAUGCAAUUUACUACCAGGGUAUUUGGCAUGCAGUCCGUACCAUUUGCAGAGAUGAAGGUUUCCUUGGUCUGUACAAAGGACUCGGAGCAACACUAUUGGGUGUUGGACCCAGUAUAGCCAUAAGUUUUUCUGUUUAUGAGACCUUGAGAUCUUAUUGGCAUUCUCAAAGGCCCAAUGAUUCUGCUGUUGCGGUCAGCCUUGCUUGCGGCAGUCUUUCUGGGAUUGCUUCAUCAACAGCAACUUUUCCUUUGGAUCUUGUGAGGCGAAGAAUGCAAUUGGAAGGGGCUGCUGGUCGAGCCCGUGUGUACAAUACUGGAUUGCUUGGGACAUUUCGACACAUAAUCCGUGCGGAAGGCCUACAUGGUUUAUAUAGAGGGAUCAUGCCAGAAUACUAUAAGGUUGUUCCAAGUGCAGGGAUCAUUUUCAUGACAUAUGAAACGCUGAGGAAAUUCCUAUCGCAUGGGCUGAUCAAUUCCUAGUCAUAAUCGCUGUUAUAUUACUUCCCUUCGUCUAUCAUUUCGACAACCUGUCUGUCUCAAGGAUCAAGGUUUGGGUAAAUUACAAAGGCAAGUAAUGAAAGUUAGCUUUGUUGCUAUGAUACUUCAAAAACAUAUUCCAUGGUGGUAAAUUUUGUGGUUGCUGGUGGUUGCUGCUAUGACCUAUUUUUAUGGGCUUACUCCUAAUGGAAGAUUGUUUACUAGUUUUAGGGACAUUCUGUUCAUUGAUGAUUUGUAUCAUCCACUCAGGUCAAAAUUCCUGGAACAACUAUCUCUAACCUCAAAUAUCAAUGAGUAAUUCUUGCUCCUUUCUUGGCUUGACCUGAAAUUGUUUAGUAUUGAAAAUACUUGUUAAAUUGAUGAGAAAUGGAGCUUGACUAUUAUGAAUAAGGUUUGAACUAAACUCA